CUUAGGAUGUUCAGCUGCAAGACCUCGCCCCCAGAAGACACUAUUCUGAGGUCCUCUCUCAGAUCUCCUAUAUCUCUCCCUAUUGGGGAUCAUAACAGUGGGUGUAAAGUUAUCGACCUUAAUUUUCAUGGUGCUACCGUACAUAUUGGAGAAAUAUCGUUCUUUAACAACUACACAGCAUACAUCUCUAUAAAGUUCAGGAAACGCUCUCUAUCUGGCUUUCCGGCACCCCCAGACCAGCCCAGAUCUGGGUCAGUGUGGCACACUCUAGUUCCUAAAACUAGGCUCAUGCCUGACCCUCAUUGUGAAAAUGGUGGUCAAGACUUCAGGAUAUUCGGUCCCAACCAGAUGUUAGCAGAUGCAGAAGACGUGACGGGACUCAGGUUCAUCUGCAAGCAGCCCUCCCCCCAUUGGAAAUCAUUUGGUAUUGACGAGAUAAAAUGUUACAGUAGGGCUGACUUGGUCCAAACACCUCACAGCACCAAACAGGAAGAUCCCCUGGCAGAGAUCUCCAAGAGUGCAGCCUCAAACAUCAGCCUCCCCAACGCUAGCAACAUUUCCCUCUACCUCCAGAACCUACACUCACUGUCGGGUAUCACAGCUGCCGCACUGCAACCCACACUCACCGCACAGGCGCUUGGACGAUUUGAUGAGGACAAUUGUUAUGAGAUAAACACCCUUGCUUACAACUGAUUUGUUUAUCAUGUCACAUUUGUAUUUGUCAAAUCUGUUGCAGUUAAUAAUUUUAACUAAUGGUAAUUUUGCAGCUGUGUAUUUGAAUUGAUGGACUCAAUUUCAGCUUUAUCUCUUCUUAUUCUAUCUGUUUAAGAAGAUAAUAUCGUCGUGUUUUUUUUUCUAAAGCUUGUCUUCACUAACUUGCAUAUCAUUUCGAAUAAGAAAUGUAGAAAUUAUUUGAUUUACCUUACUUUUUAAGUUUAAACGGCAACAAAAAUCUUUAUAAUAUAAUAAUAACAUGUAAGUUCAGACCUUAGCAAUACAUGCGUUGAUUAUUGACGCAUGCAUAAUUUAAAUUAUUAAAAUUGCACUGUCAUGAUUUAUUUGAUAAAUUAUAUUUUAUAUUCAGAUAUAAACAGAUGUAAAGUUAAGAACAGAUGUACAUACAUAUAUUAUAAUCUAGUAGUAAUGUAAUAUAUUAACAAUUAAUUUAACAAUUUGUAAACCUCAGCAAUUAAUCGUU